GUUGUGCGCCCUGAGGUGUGCACCGCAUCGGAACCGCUUUGGCAAAACUGGGUAGGCAAGCCUAUAGGUCAAAACAGAUAAGAGUUCCUGGCAUAGACGUAUUUAAACAUGGAUCUUCAUCAACGAGGUUGGUUAGGAUGGGCAACUCUUUUUGCCAUUGCGUUAUCAGUGAACAGUUUGAGCAAACGCGACAUGUUUGAUUAUGGAGAGCAAGCUGGAGACCAACUGUUGGAGCAGGGGACCGACCGGACUCAAGAAUUUAUUUUGAACCAGUCAAUGUUCUUCUUCGAUGGCGCAUAUGACACUGUUUAUAUCAACACCAAUGGCUUUCUGGCAGUAGAAGAACCUAAGGUGGAGUCUGAGUACCUGGGAAAGAUGCCUGCCAGCUUCGGAAUGAUAGCGGCUUUCCUCGGAGAUCUGGACAACAGCGACGGAGUGGGGAAGGUGUACUACCGACAGGACAGCAGGCCCUCCGUGCUUCUCCGGACCACUGACCACAUCAGCCAGGCAUUCCCUCAGGACGACGAGAUCAAUCCCACCCAUGCCUUAAUCAUCACAUGGGAGAACGUGGCGGCCCACGGAGUGCCUGGUCGAGGAGAUGGGCUGGACAGAAAGAGAAACACCUUCCAGCUGGUGGUGGCGUCCAUGGCGUCCGCCUCCUACGCCAUCUUGUUCUACCCUAGGGAGGGGCUGCAGUACAUCUCCACGCCUGUGGCGGGCCAGAGCGAGCCAGUCCACACCGGCUUCAGCCAGGGCCUGGUCCAGGCCUGGUUCAGCUGGAGCAGCAGCCAGGGGCCCUACUACCGCAUUGCCACCGACGACGAGGCGUCCGUCAGACAGCUCUCCGAGGAGACCAACUCAGGCAGGCGUGGUGUGUGGGUGUACGAGAUCGGCACCUCCCCGAUCUUCUCCUCCAUCACCCCAGGCCAGGUCACCAACCUGUCCCCAGAGGAGGACGUAGCAAGUGGGCAGAUGGAGUCCGUGCCAGAGUUUCCACCCAGAAACACUGGAGAACAACAGGAGAUUGAAUUCCCUCCCUACGAGCACGAGGAGGAAGAGGAGACACCUGAACCGGAGCUGCCCCCAACUGUCCACCCGGUCCAGUACCAGCCCAGAUACCCUGUUGUCCCUGAGCCGACCCAGCCCAGUUACCCUGAGCCGACCCAGCCCAGCUACCCUGAGCCGACCCAGCCCAGCUACCCUGAGCCGACCCAGCCCAGCUACCUUGACCCGAUCGAGCCCAGAUACCCUGAGCCGGUCCAGCCCAGAUACCUUGAGCCUGUCCAGCCGGCCCAGCCGCAGCCACCACGCUACGAGCCUCAAACCCCACAGGUGGUGGUCGUGGACGAAGAUGAUGACCUUGAUGUUGACGUGUUUGCGUACAAUUCGGAGACAUGCGCCCGUAACAGGCAGAAGUGCUCGUCCUUCGCUGACUGUAAGGACUACACCAAUGGCUACUGCUGCCACUGUAGGCCUGGUUUCUAUGGCAAUGGCAAGAACUGUGUGGCUGAAGGAAAGCCCCAGAGGAUGAACGGCAAAGUGAACGGCCGGGUGUUUGUGGGCAACUCGCCCUCGCCGCUGGAUUUUUCCAACAACGACCUGCACUCGUACGUGGUGGCCAACGAUGGGCGCGCCUACGUGGCCAUCAGUACCAUUCCGGCCGGCCUGGGACCCUCCCUGCAGCCCCUGUCUUCCCUGGGAGGGGUCAUCGGCUGGGCCUUCGCUCUGGAGCAGCCCGGCUAUGAGAACGGCUUCAGCAUCAUCGGUGGCGUGUUCUCCAGGCAGGCCGAGGUGACCUUCUUACCGGGCAACGAGAGGCUGACCAUCAAGCAGGAGUUCAAGGGCAUCGACGAGCACGACCACCUGGUGGUGAGCACCGAGCUGGAGGGCCGUCUCCCUGAGGUCCCACGCGGCUCCACUGUCCAGAUCGACCCCUACAAGGAGAUCUACCAGUAUGGCAGCAACCUGAUCACCUCCUCCUCCAACCGCGACUACACUGUGAGCCUACCGGAUGGCAGUGUCCAGACCAAGACCUACCAGUGGCGUCAGACCAUCACCUACCAGAGCUGUCCCAAUGACGAGGAGGUCAGGGCCGUGCAGUCUACCCAGCAGCUCAGCGUCGACCAGAUCUUCGUCAUGUACGACUCGGGCAACCAGCUGAUCCGCUACGCUAUGAGCAACAAGAUCGGCUCCAUCCACAGUGGUCCACCAGAGCAGAACCCAUGUUUCACCGGCAGACACGGCUGCGACACCAACGCCGCCUGCAGACCCGAAGAAGGCAUCCAGUUCACCUGCGAGUGUUCCACUGGUUUCACUGGGGACGGACGUCAAUGCUAUGACAUUGACGAGUGCAGAGAGAUGCCAGAGAUCUGUGGUUCUCACGCCAUAUGCAACAACCAACCGGGAACAUUCCGCUGCGAGUGUAUGGACGGUUUCCAGUUCGCCAGCGAUGGCAAGACCUGUGUCGAAGUGGACCGUCCCAUAGACCACUGCCAGAGGGGUACCAAUAACUGCGACAUCCCAGAGAGGGCACGUUGUAGCUACACGGGGGCGUCUGCCUAUAUCUGCUCCUGUCUGUCCGGCUUUGUGGGUGAUGGUUAUACUUGCCAGGACGUUGACGAGUGUGAGCAAGGUCGCUGUCACCGGGACGCCGUCUGUUAUAACUCUCAGGGCUCCUUCGCCUGUCAGUGCCACCCUGGUUUCCAUGGCGACGGCUUCCAGUGUACUCCCGGCUCCCCGGAGCAUGAGAAGACGCAGUGCGAGCGAGACAGAGAAAGCAUCCAGGUCUCCUCCAACACAGGCUCGUUUUCCUUCUUCCGCCCACGCCCUGCCGUCAGUCAGUACGUUCCUACCUGCGACCAGCAUGGUGCCUACGAGCCUACCCAGUGCCACGGUAGCAUUGGGCAGUGCUGGUGUGUGGAUGGCAAUGGUCAGGAGAUCCCGAACACUAGAACUGGCCCCGGCCAAAGACCUUUGUGUAUUGACCAGGGGGGUCCUCCGAUCGGACCCACCACCAGGCCGGAUGUCUCUCCUGUGGCCCCAGGGACCCACCUGCUCUUUGCCCAGAGCGGGAAGAUCGAGCAAAUCCCCCUGGACGGAUACAGCAUGAACAAAGGGGAGGCCAAAGCCCUGCUGCACCUGCCUGACAGAGUGGCGAUCGCUGUGGCCUACGACUGUGUGGAGAAGAUGGUGUACUGGUCGGACAUCACAGGGCCCUCCAUCAGUAAGGCCAGCCUGGAGGGAGGAGACACCAUCUCUCUUGUCACAACAGACCUGGAGAGCCCAGAGGGUUUGGCUAUCGACCAUCUGGCCCGGCUAAUGUUCUGGACGGACUCCAUGAAGGACAGGAUUGAGGUGGCCAAACUGGACGGAAGCCAGCGCCGUGUUCUCUUCGACACCGACCUGGUCAACCCCCGGCCCAUCGUCGCUGACCCCUCCUAUGGACGACUCUACUGGGCAGACUGGAACAGAGACGGGCCCAAGAUCGAGAUGUCCAACAUGGACGGAACCGACAGGACAGUCUUGGUUAAGGACGACCUGGGGCUGCCCAACGGCCUGACAUACGACCCUGAGAGCCAGCAACUGUGCUGGGCCGACGCUGGUACUCGUAAGGUACAGUGUAUGGACCCCGAUGGUAGGAACCGUAGGACUAUUGUGGAGGGGAUUCAGUAUCCUUUCGCCAUCGUAUCCCAUGGGAGGAACCUUUACUACACUGAUUGGAGAAGGGAGGCGGUGGUAGCCGUGGACCGCACAACGGACAGAGAGACGGACGAGUUUCUGCCACAGAAGCGUUCGCGAGUGUACGGCAUUGCCACGGCCCCAACUCAAUGCCCACAAGCGUAUAACUACUGCUCGAACAACGGAGGCUGCUCACACCUUUGUCUGCCUCGCCGCGGCGGCUUCACCUGCCGGUGCCCAGACGUGGUGGACGGAAGCUGUGCGGAGAGGAACUUGUGAGGACUGACGAGAGAUCAGUAGAUUCUCCUGCUAACUGCACAAAGGAGUUGUGACACGUGUGCCUUCCAACUUCCUCGUUAGAGGAAGAAAGAUGAGCGGCAUCCGGCUGCGGGUUACUCUGUGGCCCAAAUCCAUUCAGAUCGCUAGGCCUCUAUUGCUCAGUUCCUUGUUGAUUUCCCUCUGGCAAAUCUGAGAGGAUUGGGUAGUUUGUAAGGACAUGAUAGUGAUCUCUACUGUAGUUCUCUGGUUGGUUAGGUGGAGUUGCUAUCCUAUUGCUUCCACCUAUCUAGUCCUUUGACCUUGUUACUGUGUGUAUUUGAAACCUCACAAAUUAUUUUGGCAUUAUCUUCUGAUCCAUUUGAUAAAAAGUCACAUUGUAUUUUUUUGUAUUGUAAAUAAAUACCUGAAAUAUACAGUUGAAGUCGGAAGUUUACAUACAGCCAAAUACAUUUAAACUCCGUUUGUCACAAUUCCUGACAUUUUUAUCCAAGUAAAAAUUCCCUGUUUUAGGUCAGUUAGGAUCACCACUUUAUUUUAGGAAUGUGAAAUGUCAGAAUAAUAGCAGAGAGAAGGAUUUAUUUCAUAAUUUCUUUCUUUCAUCACAUUCCCAGUGGGUCAGAAGUUUACAUACACUCAGUUAGUAUUUGGUAGCAUUGCCUUUAAAUUGUUUAACUUGGGUCAAACGUUUCAGGUAGCCUUCCACAGGCUUCCCACAAUAAGUUGGGUGAAUUUUGGCCCAUUCCUCCUGACAGAGCUUGUGUAACUGAGUCAGGUUAAUUAGGCCUCCUUGCUUGCACACGCUUUUUCCGUUUUGCCCACACAUUUUCUAUGGGAUUGAGGUCAGGACUUUGUGAUGGCCACUCCAAUACCUUGGCUUUGUUGUCCUUAAGUCAUUUUGCCACAACUUUGGAAGUAUGCUUGGGGUCAGUGUUCAUUUGGAAGACCCAUUUGCGACCAAGCUUUAACUUCCUGACUGAUGUCUUGAGAUGUUGCUUUAAUAUAUCAUCAUCAUUUUCCAUCCUCAUGAAGCCAUCUAUUUUGUGCACCAGUUCCUCAUGCAGCAAAACACCCCCACAACAUGAUGCUGCCACCCCGCGCUUCACGGUUGGGAUGGUGUUCUUUAGCUUGCAAGCAUCCCCAUUUUUCCUCCAAACAUAACGAUGGUCAUUAUGGCCAAACAGUUCUAUUUCUGUUUCAUCAGACCAAAGGACAUUUCUCCAAAAAGUACAAUCUUUGUCCCUAUGUGCAGUUGCAAACAGUAGUCUGGCUUUUUUAUGGCGGUUUUGGAGCAGUAGCUUCUUCCUUGCUGAGCGGCCUGUGUCGAUAUAGGACUCGUUUUACUGUGAAAAUAGAUACUUUGGUACCUGUUUCCUCCAGCAUCUUCACAAGGUCCUUUGCUGUUGUUCUGGGAUUGAUUUGCACUUUUCGCACCAAAGUACGUUCAUCUCUAGGAGACAGAACACGUCUCCUUCCUGAGCAGUAUGAUGGCUGCGUGGUCCCAUGGUGUUUAUACUUGCGUACUAUUGUUUGUACAGAUGAACGUGGUACCUUCAGGCAUUUGGAAAUUGCUCCCAAGGAUGAAGCAGACUUGUGGAGGUCUACACUUUUUUUUCUGAGGUCUUGGCUGAUUUCUUUUGAUUUUCCCAUGAUGUCAAGCAAAGAGGCACUGAGUUGGAAGGUAGGCCUUGAAAUAUAUCCACAGGUACACCUCCAAUUGACUCAGAUUAUGUCAAUUAGCCUAUCAGAAUCUUCUAAAGCCAUGACAUCGUUUUCUGGAAUUUUCCAAGCUGUUUAAAGGCACAGUCAACUUAGUGUAUGUAAACUUCGGACCCACUGGAAUUGUAAUACAGUGAAUUAUAAGUUAAAUAAUCUGUCUGCAAACAAUUGUUGGAAAAAUGAUUUGUGUCUUGCACUAAGUAGAUGUCCUAACCGACUUGCCAAGACUAUAGUUUGUUAACAAGAAAUUUGUGGAGUGGUUGAAAAACGAGUUUUAAUGACUCCAACCUAAGUGUAUGUAAACUUCCGACUUCAACUGCAGACAUAAUAUCUGAAGUACAUCUUUCCAGUGGUACGCUUGAUGACCAGUUAUAGCUGAUUACUACUGUGAAGGUGUACAGAUUGUUGGGCAUAAUGCCAGGUUGUUGGUGUUUGACUGCCACAAGCCUGUCUGGAGAGAAGUUGGCCCAGUGCCUUUUGAUGACCUCAUUCUCCCCAUAAGAGGGUUGACAGCCCACCAUAGGAGUGUUACAUAAGGUUAACGCAUGUACUGUGUGUGCAGCUGUGCGGCGACUGUGGGGGGAAAAAAGGACAUUUACAUUCUGUGCAGCUGUCCUAUUAAACUUUUUUUUUAG